AUGCUGUGCUCCUCGCAAUCUCGCUUGGUCCGACAGAGGAUCCUUGCCGAAGUGGAUUUCACUUGCCGCGCGCUGCGGGGACUCACAGUCUUCGAGUUCCAUGAGAGGGACGUUGGCGAGAACGAGGGCCAGGAGGUUCUGGUGCAUUUCCCGGCACAUAGUCGAAGUUGCAGGGCAAGAAUUUGCUGUUCGCAUCACCGGUCCGCUUGUCCUCCAAAGGCAGAGGACGAGGCUGAACUGAAGGAGCACAAAGUUUGCUCCUGCUGGAAGUCUGCAGCAGACGACUCUGACACAGAGCCGUUGGCAUCAUUGGCCGACAUGGGCGCCCCGAGCUGGACCGCAGUGGACUCCGACGGGAGUGCUGUGCAAGUGUCAGGUCUGGAAGAUCUGCUAAGCUGGCAGCAAGAUGGAGUGCUUGCCCUUCGUCUUGACGGCGUCCUCGAGGCUGCAAACGCAGACUCCGACGAGACGCUGACGUCGGUUGAGAUUGCGGUCCAAUGGGUCAUUGAAGGCGAGUGGCUGCGACCAGAAACUUCCUGCAAUCACUUCAUCCGCCUUCCGGUCCAUCCACGCGAUGCAGGUGGUGUCUCGGACGGCAUCGGGGGCAGCGGUGAGGCGGAAACAUCCGCCGACAUGGACUUUUUCUUGGCAGGCCUGUUAGUGCUGUUCGAAGGCCACCAGCAUCCGCAGCAGGAAGGGAGCAGCAAGUCACAUUCGUUGCCUGACGCCAUCCGGAACUCGAGGGGCAACUGGACGACGAAGCGAGAAAGUGGGGGCACCGUGCAAUUCGAAGACAUCUAUAACAAGCCGCCACAUGCGCAGCUGCCCCUCUUGGUUUCCGACCUGCGCAUUUCUCAAGGUCGAGAAGCGCGGACAGCCGCCGUGCCCCAUGGAGCUGGAUCUGAGCGUCCGAAGUCGACGAAGCCUCCGGGCCGCAGCAAGACCCGCGGCCUGCGGCACAUUCCGCGGGUCUGGGUUAACUUUCAGUUCGUGGGAGUCCGGGAAGCCUUCAAAGCCAUCGAUUCACACCACGUGCUUCAGCACCUGUGCCGGGAAGGGCAGGUGCUGGAUGGAGUUCGACUUCCGUCGGCCAUGGCAAGUACGCAGGUGCAGUCUUUCUUCAUGCCAGGCGUUCCGGACGAGGAGGAAGUGGACGAGACGCCCGUGACGCGGAUCGAUAUUGACGACAGGGUGUCCGCCAUCAUCGAGAAGUUGGGCUCUGUGAAGUGUUCGUCCUGGGACGAGGUAUGCAGAGUCCUUGCCAACUUGGACGACUUGGAUCUUUGCGACGACGUCUUGGAGCCCGUGAUGCAGGCCUCAGCGGCGAAGUUGAACUUCUGGGCUGACGAGGAGCUGAUUGCUUCCUGUUGCGAGGUGCUGAAAACACGGCUUCAGCAUCCGCAGAGCACAGUUCAGAAGCAGUGCCUCGACACGGAGGAGCCCGAGCUGUGCGAAGCGUCGGGCGGCCAGGCAGUGACCCGGCGCCGGAGCAGCAAAACCAGCACUGGCUCCAGAGGCUCCAAGAGCUCAACACGCAGUCUUUGUGAUUCUACCUCGCUUGCUUUCAAACAGGUAACGACCGAUGCGGAAGUGUCUACUGACAUCAUGAAGACGUCGAAGGCAGAAUCCAAGAAGGAAAAUCUGAUACUGCAAGACGUGGCUGCUUCUCGGUUGGCGCAGUUCAAGUAUGCACUUUGGUGUUUCGUUACCUUCCAGAUGGUGAUCUUUGCGACCUACGAGUUUUACUACACCACGCCCAAGACUUGGCACCUCAUCGGCUUGCCCGUCCCUCUCGCGCGUGGCUUUGCCUACGGCGCAUGCUUCUGGACGGGGAUCCUCUUCCUCACCAUGUCCCGAGACUUCUUGUCUCUCUUGGCGCGGCGGCCAUGUGUGCAGAGGUCGCAGCUCCUCAUGCAGCUCAUCAACUGCCAAAGGGAGCUCCACAUUUUCAGCUCCUGGCAGGUUCUGUUAGAUAGCUUUGUGCACACACUCGCGCAUCAUAUUGGAACCUUCACUGCGCUUGAGAGAAGCACCGCUGAAGAGCUAAACAAAGCUUUGGUCUGCGCGCGAGAUCCCAGUGAGCUACCUGCCGGUUACCUUGGCAAGGCAGGGCUUUUUUUGAAGAGCUUCCAAUAUCCGGCUUGCCCACUGCCGGCAAAUGCAGACAUUGGCUACUUCGAUGGUGUUUUUUCCACACCAGGAAUUACAGGCUACCUGCUGCUGAUCGUGAUCUGCCUCUUGGGAUGGGCUUCCAGCGCCAAAGUAAGGCAUGCACGUUUCCGCCUCUUUUACCAACUCCACCACUUCCUGGUGCCUGCGUGGGUAAUAUUAUUGGUGCUCCAUGGUGCAAACGGCUGGGUGGGCCUUGGCUUUCCGCUGGUGAUUCUGGUUGCUGGGAUUCCCAUUGUUGCAUACGCAUGGACUCGCAGCCGCCGUGCCUACCUCGCGUGGUUUUGCCCCUCCACACUGCUGACUGCUGAGAAGUCCCUGAAUGGCAAGCUCGUCCGCAUCGAAGUACAGCUUAGCUCUGGCUACCGCAGAUGCAACGUUGGCGAAUAUGCCUACAUCAAUAUUCCGAGCAUUUCCCGAUUCGAAUGGCACCCUUUCACCAUCAGCAAUAGCAAGGAUGAUGAGAGGGGAGGCCAGCUGAUCACCUUCUGCAUAAUGAGCGUCGGCCGCUGGACCCAGAAGUUGAAUGAUGCCUGCACCGAUGGCUGUGCUGGUCAUGCCUUCCCGCGAGUGAACAUCGACGGCCCGUUCUAUGCUCCCACUGUCAGCAUGCCUUUGCACUCCACAGUCGUGGGGAUCGGCGCCGGCGUUGGAGUGACCCCAUUCUUAUCCUUCCUGGGCAGCCUUGCCGGUUCACAUAUUUCACAGGAGCGUCAGCAUGCACAUGUCUUUUGGAUGUCGGCCUGGGCAACUGAUUUCCUCCUCUUCAAGGACCUCUUUGCCCAGCUGGAGACUCAAGGUGGCAACACGAAGUGCCACCUCCACGCCACACCGCGUUGGGAUGGUAGAGGCCUGGGCUGCCUUUUUGACCUGGCAAGUCGUGACAUUUGGAACGAUUGGGUGCGGCGCCUUGCAGCAAGAAGCAGCGAGACUGUGCCCACUUUCUGCCACUAUCCCAAGCCCCUGCAUGCUGUGGUCUCAGGCAGCACGCUAGAGUCGGACACGCCCUUGGUAAUUGUGAUAGGCAGGCCAGACUUCGUAGCAGAGCUUCUAGCCAUUGGUCAUGCGGACCUUCGGGAGCAUGUUUUCGUGUACUGUUGUGGCAACGACUCACUCAAGGAAGGAAUCCAAACAGCGUGUGUCGCCUGCAACAAGCACAACGAAAGCAGCGGCUACAUGCAGCGCUUCUAUUUCUACCAUGGUAAUUACAACGCUUCUUGUGGAUCACGAUGCGGCGAUGCGAUGGCGGGGACGGAAACAUUGCCAAAGAUGCAGAUUCUCGACUUUCGAGUUUCGCAGCGGCUGUGGAAAGCCUGUCACGGGGUUGAAUCCUUAGCUUCCACGGACGAUCUGACCUGCUUCAAGUACCGCGAGGCCUGUCCUUUGGCUCCGCAUGACGUUCCACUCAUUGUCGGGCCCCUUGCCGAGGAGGUCUAUGACAAAGGCCGUCUCAUGGCACCUCUCGGCUUCCAGGCUUUGCUUCCACAAGCAGCACGUGGCGCAGGCGCUGCACUGCGAGGCGUGGAGGAAGCGCUGGGUCGCGCUUUGCCGCUGGCUGCUUGCACCUCGCUAUUUCUGCCCUUGCCGCAUCUGCGACCUGCAGCAGCCCCGAGACUUGCAGAUGCAAAGUCUCUGGGCAAAGCUGCGGCCAGCUGGGAUGCUAGGCCUUUUGGCUCGAGCCUGCCCUGUUUCGAUAUCCACGGUGGCAUCCACUUCUUCGACUUGUCGCUCUUAGCCAGUUCAUGCCCAACGCUGUGCUCCGCGGUGCUGAGACCAGUGCAGGCGUAUGCCUUCGCCACUGCUUGGUUCGGAGUCUCCGUGCGACUGGAUUCGGACGAGCAUGCCUGGCUUUUUCAUGGCUUGUGCCGGCUCUUGUCAGACAGCUCCCUGAUCCACACAUGGCCCAGCGGCUUGGCAGAAGCCGAGAUUGCUGCGAAACUCCGGGAAGAAGGUCAGCUCUGGCACGCCCAAGUGGAAGCCGGUCGAGACGAGCAGCCGCUGGCUGCCGCCGUCAAAGACCAGCCCCCCUUCUCCCCAGGUAGCUUCGCGCAACUUCUGGGACCCGUGCGGGAGCUGAAGGCCUACUUGGUAUGCCACGAGUUGUGCAGGAGGCUGGACUGGGGCAACUUCCACAGCAGGCUGGCUGCCAUCUGGGAGAAAGCAGCCAUGCGAUGCCUGACCACCACGCAAUUCCUCGAGCUGGUUGGGAGCGUGAAUCAGGACUUCACUUCGCAGUGGAUCUACGGGCUGGGCUGUCCUGUCGUCCGUGUGGGCUGGUUCUACAACCAGGCACUCCAUCGGCUGGAGCUGUCAGCAUCACAGCUACCUCUGGAGCCAACACCGCUCCAGAAGCCACCGGCGCUCAGCCACCUCACGAGACGGGCCGGCAAGACGGGAGUGGGCUUUGGCUAUCUUGGCCAUGCUUCUACAGCUGCUGCGGCCCAGGUGACCAGCGUCGACCCACGGGAGGCUCAGAAGGAGAUCAACAGUUCUUCAUCUGAGGUGCCCUUCAAGUACUGGACGGGAACGCUGGUGCUGGAUAUCUAUGGAAAGGGCUCCCAAACUCCCGGACGGGUCGAGAUCGAGCUGACCAGUGCGGAUGAAGUUCGCACAACCUCCCUGCUGCCGCCCGGCGUGGACCAACCGGCGCUGGGGCGCCAGGAGGCUGAGCUGCCUCCCGGCCUUGCUUUCUUGGUCGUGGGGCCCCAGAGGAUGCAGUGGCCCCUCGUGCGGCUUGAGAUCGCCCAGCCGUUGGACUUCUGGGAAGGCAGUGUGACUAAGUGCGGGCAGACAUCAGACCCAGCAGACACCGUUAAAACCUUCCUGGUCAAAUAUCAGAAGUCAGGCAUGCUGCGAAACUCCUCGGCCCCGGCUGCCGAGGCAGAUGCAGCCAAGGCAAUCGGAGAUAUGCUGGAAGCUGGCCAGCUCCCAACUGGCGCAGCAAUGUCAACUCUCUUGCAGGCCUUGUCGAUCCCUUUGAAGGAUGAGGGCUGGCAUGAGAUUACCUGCGUGGAGUGUGCGCUGACGCUGUGCCGAUGGGCCUUGAAGUUGCAGAAGGGAAGUGCGCUUCGCAGUUCGCUCUUCAGGCCACUCCAUGAGUUCUUCAAAAGCAGCAGGGCCGCGUGGCAAGCCGACACAGGGGUGGCCCGUGUACGGAUGCAGGUGGCGAGGUGCCUUCAAGGCCGCGCCUUCCGCACUCUUGAACUAUGGCGGCACUGCCUUCCUUUGGAGCUUUGCUACGAGUCAUCUCGAGAGGACCCGCUGAGCAUCGCCAGCCUGGAGAUCCAACGCGAUGUUCCGCACAAUUCCCGAUCCGACGUGUCGGGCGCGAUUGCCAAACGCCUGCAACUGGAAUCGGCCCUUCCCUCGGAAGGACAUCAUUUGGCCGCCGCCACCAUCCGCAUUUUGCUGGCCCUCUGCGUUCGUGGCCAGGCUGAAGCCGCUCAACGCUGGGAUGACUUCCUGGUCGAGGUGCCCAGCAACAAAGGGCCAAGUCCCCUGCGGGAGGCCUAUGCGAAGGCUUGGGGUGUCCUGGGCCCGGCGCCGAGCUACCUGGAGGCCUUUGCAGAAGCUCCGAGAGGAGGCUUUCUAUGGAGUCGAGCAGUCCGGCGGGAAGCAUGUGCUGCAUCUUGUCAGUGCGGGGAGGCUGGGGAGGCACUGGAGGCGCUGUCGCGGGUGCUCGACGGCGAUUCCGUGGACGGCGGAGGCGAAUGGCUGCAGCGAGCAGUUUGGGCGGGGGAGGCAGUCCUGCUUCGCUCACCGCCUGGUAGCCAAUUGACGACUUCGGAGUCGGCUUCGAGGCAGAAAUGGCAGACACUGCGGAAGCAGCUGAUCGAGGACGACCGAAAGCCAUGGCCGGCGUUCAUCGCUGCACUGCGUCCCACACUCGCCCUUUGCCGACGCGAGGCGAGCCACUCUUCGCAAAAGGCAAGACAAAAAGCACCAGCCGGGGGAGCCUUCUGGAAAACGCCAGGUCUGUUUGCUGACAUUGAGCCCUCUCAUCCACAGCAUGCUACAAUCGCCGCCUUGAAGACGCCACCGGCCAAAGCAGCCAGGGUUGGCGACCGCGGCGAAGCCACGCGCGCAGUGACUCUCUGA